UCCGUAGUUUAAAAAUGUAUUAAAUUUUAGUAAAAAUCCAUUGUUACUACUUUUUGUUAUUGUGUUAUUAUACUAUAUAAAACACUUUUUAAACCGGUUUUACUGCAAAACUGAACUACGUUAUUACCCUUUGCCAUUUGCAAUAGCUUUGUGAGGUUGCCCCUUCUUGCGGGUCGUUUGAUGAUUCAUGGAACGGCUGUCAACACAAACCGCGACACAAGAUCCAAACGCGUGCAUAGCACUUUGCUAUCAGCUAAACCAACCCCUAAAUGCUCAAGCUGUUGACAACCAAACGGCGGUGGCUGUCCAGUCAUUGCUUGAUUCACAAGUUGUUACAGAAACACAAGAAGAGGAAGAAGAUAUUUUCCAGUGUGGAAAAUGCAAGAAACAGUUCACGUCACUGACAGACUUCUACACCCACAAACAGACGCAAUGCAGUCUGCAGCACCAGCUGCAGCAGCAGAUGGCCAUCCAGCGCCAGCAGGCACAGAUGACCAUUGGGGCUGGGUCCGGAGCUUUUGCUCCUACAAUAAAUAUAAACCGUGCUUUUUCACACGCACACAUCAAUGGCACUGUAUCUACGAUAAAUACUAAUGCGCCAAUCCUUCAGGCACAUCCGUGUUUGACAAGGUCAUUGAACCAGCCGGCUAAUACUGCAACCCUGACUUUGAGCAGUGUCCCAUCCUCUCCAUUGUCCCAGCUGUCUCAGAGCAUGGUCUUCACAGAUGACAUCAUGAGCCUUGCCAACCUGGACACUAGUGGACUUGGUGGACAGACCAUACAGAUGAUGACAGGGCCAGUUCAUGGUCAGACGGCCAACAGCUCCAACAAUGUCACCAUCUUCAGCCCCAUCACCAGCCUGGCCGCCACCCCCAACAGCUUCACCCAACCAGGCGCCAGCCAGCUGCUGGUCCAGCCCGGUCAGCACAUCACCCUGGCCACCAUCACGGACAAAACCCUACAGCAACAGCUCCAGCAGCAGCCCAUGGUCCAGCAGGUGCAGCCAGCCGUGCAAAUGGCGCCACCCCAGCCUGCGGCCACUACCACCAUCAGCCAGGUCGUACAGCCCCAGACUUUCAAAUCUAGUCCAGUCAAAACAGAAAACAGUGUGAAUCUGCUAAGUACCAGAAAAGGGAAAACUGCCAGAAAGGCUAAAAAUAGCCUGGAGAUAGCUGAAGAGGCAGCUAACAGUAAACCAAAGUUACAGUGUGAGUACUGCAACAAAGAGUUCAGCAAAAACUUUGACCUCCAGCAACAUGUGAGGGCCCACACAGGGGAGAAACCCUUUCAGUGUAUUGUGUGUGGGCGAGCCUUUGCCCAGAAGUCCAAUGUCAAGAAACAUAUGGCUACCCACAAGGUGUGGCCGUGUGGGAUAUCCAACACUCUUCCUAAACAGCCAGACCCUGUGGUUGAGAACACAUGUGAAACAUCAGUGUCACCACCCACUGAACCUGUGGCAGUCACCACACCUGUCACAGUGACCUGCACCACUACACCAGUCAGCAGUGACACCCAAAGGCUUCUCAAAUCUGCUGUACAAAAGUUCAGUGUCCUGAAGACCAGCUUACAAGAAGAAUCUGAGGAGGAUGGCCCCAAGGUCAAGGUGGUGGUGGACAACUCCUACAUCUGCCAGUAUUGUCCAGCCAAGUUUAAAACCUACUACCAACUCAAGACACACCUGGUCAACCACAAAGGUGAACAGGUGUACAAGUGUGUGAUGAGGAACUGCGGGGAUUCCUUCCAUGACCUGGACACCUUCCUGGAGCACGUCAAGUCCCAUGAGAGUGAGAUGAGCUACCGCUGCCACCAGUGCCACAAGUACUUCAAGAACCUCUCAGAGCUGGGCAUCCACCAGUACACACACAUCUACAUGAGCCAGGGGGUCAAGUCUGGACUCAGACACUUCCAAUGCACCAAGUGUGGCAACAAGUACACCACACCUGAAGCGCUAGAGCACCACAUGUCAACCACCAGCCAUGACUACAAGUGUCCACACUGUGAGAAGAAGUUUACCUGUGAGCGAUUCCUGCGCAGGCAUCUGCCAGUACAUGGCUCUGAAGGUCAGUUUGAGUGUCCACAGUGUAAGAAAAGCUUUAAGACUGAACACUACCUCAAGUCUCAUAUCCUCAUACAUACCGGUGAAACUCCUUACGCGUGUGAUAUAUGUCAAGCCGCCUUCAACCGCAAGGAUAAACUGAAGCGUCACAUGACCAUCCAUGACACAGUUAAAAAGUUCCGCUGUCCAUUUAGGUCUAUAGCAGGUUGUACAAAAGAAUUUAACCGGCCUGACAAACUGAAAGCUCACAUCAUAACACACAGCGGCAUCAAGCCCUACAAGUGCAGUGUCUGCAGCAAAGGUUUCUCCAGACGCCCCCACUUGGUGGAGCAUGAGAGGGGACAUAACCUGGACUACAGGUUCAAGUGUGACAAGUGUGGUAAAGGCUUCUUCAGGCCAAAGUUGUUUAACGAGCACAAGUGCCAGCCGUCAAAGUGCGGGGCCGAGCAGCAGUUCCGGCCGAGGAACCGAAGAAAAAUUGGCCGGCCCAGAAAAAGAUUGAUCAGUAUCACUCCAGACAAGUUGUCUAAAGCCAGGGGGAAGCAGUAUUUGUCUCGCACGAGACUGAAGGGGAAGGCGGCCCAGUUCCCCCCGCCCCUGUCUGGCCCAAACGUGACUGUCAAACAGAGGCUGCAGGGCAAGCAGGCGGGUAAAGAUGUGAAGGAGGAAGAGGAGAUGGCCAAAGGGUUUGAGGAGGCCAACACUCUCUCUGUGGAGGUGGUCAAGGCCCUACCCCUCAUCACCUCCAACAAAAGCCAGGGCAUCCUUGACCUUGAUGGCUCCCUCAGUGUCCACAUCCCUGGGUUGGACGGCGGCAAGCACCGUGACACCCUCGGCCACCAGGUGCAGCAGAUCAGCCUGGCCAGGAGCGGGGAGCUGGUUGACCACUACGUCGUCCACCUCACGGAGUCUGUGGACGGGAGUGGGCCCACCAUACAAACUGCUUUCAUCCCGGCUGUAUCUGGGGGUCAGAUCUUCACCAGCGUCCCCGGGGGGAUCCAACCCAUCGCUAUCAUCGAAGCGCGGUCUUUCAACAUGACCUCAACUGACGGUUCAGCCACUCAGGUUUUGACUGCGGAUGGCGCUAACGCUAUACUUACCUGUACGCAAGGUCACCUGCAAGGUGACCGUCAGGACAAUACCACAGGUAGCUACAUUACAGUGAGGGACGGCACUCACAUUGUCAAUGAGAUUGGUCAAGUGGUUAAAGCCGAACUUGAAGACAAUGGAAUGAUUAUGUUGACUGAUGCGGGGGAUGCCGGCACCAUGAUGGCUACUCACAGCGGUGAUAUGAUGAUCAGCGCGCAAGGAAAGGUGACCGGUGGUCAGUUGGUGGGGGUGGAUACCAAAGACGAGAUGGUGACGGUGGAAGCUGGUGGUGACAUGAUGGACGGUACCUUGUUUGCCCAGAAUGUUGGCGCCGAGGGAUACGUGGGAGGGCAGGUGGUGGUGUCAGGUGACCAGGCGUACAUCACCUGUAAUGUGGACUACACCACGGCCGACAAUGUUCUGCAUGCUGCCAGCUGACAUGAUGCUGGCAGUGUUUAUCCACUGUAAACCUUCUAAAAGUUGACACAAUGUUCCAGCCAGCAUGACACUAUUCACACACUGUAAGCCAUCUGACUGUUGACAAGUCAUUGGAGGUGUUUAUCCACUGUAAACCAUCGGACACUGAUACCAUUUAUCCACUGAAACCAUCUGACACUUGACAUGUCAUUGGAGGUGUUUAUCCAAUGUAAACCAUCGGACACUGAUACCAUUUAUCCACUGA